UACUAAUUGUUAUGGAUUCAUGGGAGUUGUAGUUUUCUAAGCUGCACCUUGAGCCUUAUCUGCCAAGGACUACAUGACCAACCUCUGGGAUUCCCAGCAUAGAGCCAUGGGCAGAUCAAGGGGGUGUCCAGCUGCAUUCCUGUUUCUGCGGGGCUCCAAAGCCACCGUCCUCUGAAAGGAGGAGAGAAGCGCUCACUUGGGUGGCAGCUCAGCGGAAAGGGGGAGCAAGGAGGAAAUAUCGAAGCCUGCAUACCAAAGUCUCGAAAACAGCCCUCACUCCUCCGUGGGUCGGGCUUUCCCGAAAAACACUUGGGAAAGCUUCCUUCCUUCCUCCCGUCUCCGCUUUCUCGCACCUCUCCCUUCCUCUUCUGGGCGCAUUCCUGGCUUGGGAGGGGGUUCGUCAUGUUGGGGUCUUUUCUCUCCCCUCGCAGUCCCACGCUCCUGGGGCUUUUUUCACUGCUCUCCGGAAUUCAAGGUGAUUGCGGACCUCCACCAAAACUGAGCAAUGCUAUCCCUCUGAACAAUGCUGAAAGCUUCCCCCACAUGGAAUCAGUAACCUACAGAUGUCUGGAUGAUUUCUAUAAUGUUUAUGGGAAACUAGAUGUUGCAACAUGCCUCUCUGAUUCAACUUGGACUUCCAUCGAAGAGUUUUGUGAACGAACCUGCCCUGGACCACCAAGGUUCAGAUUUGCUAAAAUAAAGGAUGGGGUUAUUGAGACUUACCAUCCUGCAAAGACCAGCGUGACCUAUGUCUGUCGCCCAGGCCAUGAUACCAUCCCUGGGAUCAAUUCUGUUAUUACUUGCCUUGAUAAUUACACCUGGACGACACUCCCAGUGUUUUGUGAAGGAAAAUCAUGUGGUGAUCCAGGAGAACUGGAACAUGGUGAAGUUGUUGUUCUAACUAAUCUCCUGUAUUUGGCAAAAGUAAAUUUCAUCUGUGAGGAAGGGUACAGAUUAAUUGGAUCACCUUCUACCAAGUGUGUACUGAAGGGAGACAGAGUUGAAUGGCAAACAAAGCCUCCAGAAUGCCAACAAAUCAUUUGUUUUUCUCCUCCUAAUGUCACUAAUGCCUCACACAAUGGAAAUAGUACUGGAAAUUUUACUUAUAACUCAACAGUAACAUAUCACUGUGACCAUGGCUUUUUUAUUAUUGGAGAAGCUUCUAUUCAUUGUACGACUGAAAAUAAUUUAACUGGAGUCUGGAGAGGUUCCACUCCUGAAUGUAAAGCCAUUACGACGCCCAUACUUCUCACUAAAAGGCCAACCGAAAAAGAAGAUAAUUUCACAGCCAUUACGACACUAACCACAUCCAUACAUCUCAUGAAAAGACCAACUGAAAAAGAAGAUGACUUCACAGGACUACAACUUGGAGACGUGAUUGGUAUCAUAGUUCCAGUUCUGGUUGUUCUUUGCACUGCUGUCAUUGUUGGCUCUAUUCUAUGGCAAAAGAAAAAAAGAUCUUAUGACCUGAAUCAAGAAGCCACAAAGUCUAUAGUUUUGUGAAAAUUGGUCUGCCAGUAAGAAACAGCACACACCUAAUUUGGGCUUUGGAAGGUUAUCAUUUGGCUUUUUAAAGGACAUGUUUUAUUGGAAUCAGUAGACACGCAGAAACUUUUUCUGUUCUUGGAGCUGUUUCUAUGUAUAGAAGAGGAGCAUUCACAUGGGAAAGCACAAGCCAUGUUUUACUCGUGCUGUGUUUGCCUUAGCCUCUAAUCAACCCGCUUGCUUCACAGACAAAGACGGAAGCAAUUGUAAUAUUCAUGUUAAAGUGAAAGUAGUUUGAAGAAUAGUUCUGAGGAACUCAGGGUGUGGUCAUUAAAUUCUUGUAACAUCACUAAAAA